AUGUCUGUGAGCAAGCUUCCACUUCUCUCCCAUGGCGUUCACUCCACUGACUCGUUCAAUUUCGCGAAGGAACCAGCGGCUCUGAGUGUGUUGCUCCCGUGUCCCUCGCAGAUUCGACUAUUCUCACCCUUUUUCACCACCGCGAUCGGAGGCUCUGGGGUCGUCAAGUGCCGCGGAACGAGGCAUAGUAGAGGAGGUGAGGAGGGUUUGAGGAAAGAGAGUUUCGUGGAGGAAGACGAUGACGACGAGAGAGGAGAGAGAAAAGUGAGGUGUGAGGUGGAUGUGAUCUCGUGGAGGGAGCGGAGGAUAAGGGGGGAGAUCUGGGUGGAUUCUGAUUCUCAAUCCGUUUGGGAUGUUCUCACUGAUUACGAGCGCCUUGCUGAUUUCAUCCCUAAUCUCGUUUCUAGCGGAAGGAUUCCUUGUCCGCAUCCAGGACGUAUAUGGCUGGAGCAACGAGGCCUUCAAAGAGCGUUGUACUGGCAUAUUGAAGCUCGUGUUGUCCUCGAUCUCCAUGAGUGUCCUGAUUCUCCAAAUGGUCGUGAGCUUCACUUCUCUAUGGUAGAUGGUGAUUUCAAAAAGUUCGAGGGAAAAUGGUCUGUGAAAUCUGGUAUCAGGUCCGUAGGAGCUGUCUUGUCAUACGAAGUAAACGUAAUCCCAAGAUUUAACUUCCCUGCAAUCUUCUUAGAGAGGAUAAUCAGAUCCGAUCUUCCUGUAAAUCUCCGAGCCGUAGCUCGACAGGCUGAGAUAAAUUAUAGAGCUCGCGAAAAGCCGUCAAUAAUAGAUGCUCUGUUGGGUAGAGCUUCUGUACCGUCAACCCCUUCUCAUAGUGUGGAGUCUGAAAGUCCGGUUACUGAGAGAUCUGCUGCCACUUCCAGUGCUGGAUCACUAUCUCAUUCAAAUGAAUUGAACAAUAACUGGGGAGUGUAUGGAAAAGUCUGCAAGCUUGAUAAACCUUGCACUGUGGACGAAGUCCAUCUUCGUAGAUUUGAUGGACUGUUGGAAAAUGGAGGUGUCCACCGUUGCGCCAUUGCUAGUAUAACAGUUAAAGCUCCGGUUUGUGAGGUUUGGAAAGUCUUAACUGCUUAUGAGAGCCUCCCAGAGAUAGUUCCAAAUUUGGCAAUCAGCAAGAUCUUGUCACGCGAAAACAAUAAAGUCCGAAUACUUCAGGAAGGUUGCAAAGGCCUGCUUUACAUGGUGCUUCAUGCGAAAGCUGUUCUGGAUUUGCAUGAGACUCGUGAGCAGGAAAUCAGAUUCGAGCAGGUUGAAGGAGACUUUGACUCGCUCGAAGGGAAAUGGAUUUUUGAACAAUUAGGAAACCAUCACACCCUUCUCAAGUACACCGUGGAGUCCAAAAUGCGAAAAGAUACAUUUCUCUCCGAAGCAAUUAUGGAAGAGGUUAUUUAUGAAGAUCUUCCGUCAAAUCUAUGCGCAAUCAGAGACUACAUCGAGAAAAGAGGAGAUAAAUCUUCAGAGACAUGUAAAGUGGAGACAUGUCAUGUUUCGGAGGAAACAUGUUAUUCAUCUCGUGACACAUCAACGGAGACCGUUAAGAACAGUAAUGACUGUGCGGACCAAACUAAGCAGAGAGCAAGGAUUCCCGGUCUGCAAAGAGACAUCGAAGUGUUGAAAUCGGAGAUUCUCAAGUUCAUAUCAGAACAUGGGCAAGAAGGAUUCAUGCCCAUGAGAAAGCAGCUCAGGUCACAUGGAAGAGUCGACAUCGAGAAAGCCAUUACAAGAAUGGGUGGGUUCAGGAGAAUAGCUGUGAUGAUGAAUCUUUCCCUUGCUUAUAAAUACCGAAAACCAAAAGGGUACUGGGACAAUCUCGAGAACUUGCAAGAAGAGAUAGGAAAAUUUCAGCAGAGUUGGGGAAUGGAUCCAUCGUUUAUGCCGAGCAGGAAAACGUUCGAACGUGCAGGUCGUUAUGACAUAGCGCGUGCGCUAGAGAAGUGGGGAGGAUUACACGAAGUGUCUCGUCUUUUAGCGUUGAACGUGAGACAUCCGAGCAGACAGCUAAAUUCUCGUAAAGACAAUGGUGGCACGAUGCAGAGAAGUGAAUCUAUUGAUACCGAUUUAAACUCAACGCUUAGUAGUAAGAAAAACAAACCUUAUGUUUCUCAAGAUACAGAGAAAUGGUUGUACAAACUUAAAGAUCUUGAUAUCAAUUGGGUCCAAUAAACAUUUAUAUAAUAAUAAUAAUUAUUUAUUUCUUC